AUGUGUGACUGGCAUCUGAGCCCUGAAGUCAGUGAGUCCUGCCUCAGCCCAGGAAUGUCCAGAUACUUCGCCAGAGGCUGGGGUGAAGGGCUGCCCAGAAAGCCUGAACCAAAGGCCAUCUGGGUUCUGCACGUCGGGACUCAGCCAGGAGUUGGGACCUUAGAGGCUGGUCUCCAGAGGCUUGGGGUUCCUUCUAACCAGCAGAAUCCAGGAGCGGAUCCUCCUGACUUUUUUGCUGGGGCACCAGAGUACCUGGGGCCCAGGAAGCCCAAUUUCAGCUGCAAGUUACUGCAGAACCUGAAGCCAGGAAAGGAACCUAUUUCCCGCCCCGGUCUGCCCCUCUCCGGACCCGGCGAGGCCCAGGUGAGGUUCUCGCCCGCUUUCCAGCCUCACCUUCCACACUCCCCUGCCCGUCCCCCGGGGUUCCUCCGCCGCCCGACCAUGGCCCAGAAGCCGAAGGUAGACCCCCACGUCGGCCGGCUGGGAUACCUGCAGGCGCUGGUCACGGAAUUCCAGGAGACCGAGAGCCAAGACGCCAAGGAGCAAGUACUGGCCAACCUCGCCAACUUCGCCUAUGACCCCAGUAACUACCAGUAUCUGCGGCAGCUGCAGGUCCUGGAUUUAUUCCUCGAUUCACUGUCGGAGGAGAAUGAGACCCUGGUGGAGUUUGCUAUUGGAGGCCUCUGCAACCUGUGCUCAGACAGGGCCAACAAGGAGCACAUCCUGCAGACUGGGGGUGUCCCACUCAUCAUCAACUGCCUGUCCAGUCCCAACGAGGAGACCGUGCUGUCCGCCGUCACCACGAUCAUGUACCUGAGCUCGCCAGGCUCCGGCUCCCACCCUGAGCUGACUGCUAUGCCCGUGGUCCAGUGCAUGCUGCGCUUCUCCCUCUCAGCCAACGCGAGGCUCCGGAACCUGGCCCAGAUCUUCCUGGAAGACUUCUGUUCCCCCAGCCAGCUGGCUGAAGCCCGCAGCUGGCGGGCUCACUCUGCCCUGGGGAUCCCACUGCCAAGGACUGAGGCCCCACAGCAGCCCUGAUCCAAGGAGCCCUCAGGCCGCGGCACCCGCACUGCCAGAGACAAGACCAAAAUCCCAGUGGGGACUCAGGAAGUGGGAGUAGCGAAGCUCCCACUGUGCACGUUCUCCCCAAAUGGUGCUUUUCCAGCCACUUUAAAGGCGAGUUUUCUCAGUGUGACAGGUGUUUACACUGUGAUGAAAGGCACCAGGAGAUGAGUGAGGAAGCCAGACUUGGAGACACGUGGAGAAGGAAAUCGAAGGGUGCCGUUUUGACAGGCUGCCGCUCUCAGCCAGCUAGAGGUGAAGGUCCUGCCUCCUGGCCCACCCCGCCACCAAGCUGUCACCCUCGUGUGAGAAGCAACAGGUCCCUAGACCCAGAGGCGCUGCAGAUGGUGUUUCUCCUGAGGAACAGCUGGGCCUGGGGCUUAGGAGAAUUGCCUGAGCUUGAGCAAAUAGGCAUCAUCCCUUAACAGAAGUGUCGGGAGUAAUUCUGAGAAAUAGAAAUGAGAAGCCGUGUUGUUAAAAGUAUUUCGGGGCCCUGGGAAGCUGGGGAAGUGUUGUGUCCCCUGCUGGGUACCUGUCCUGCAAGCUCUCCAGGCUGGGUGUUGGGCAUGGUGGAUGCUGGCCUGGAGAACUCUGUGGCCCAGGAUUAACUGUUUAUCCACACAGGCCUGUCAGCCAGGCACCAUGUUAGGGCUUCAAAGACGAAGAUGUGAAACAAAUACAGUAUGCUAACACAUAUAUAUGGAAUCUAAGGGAAAAAAAAAAAAAAAGAGGUCAUGAAGAACCCAGUGGCAAGAUGGGAAUAAAGACACAGACCUACUAGAGAAUGGACUUGAGGAUAUGGGGAGGGGGAGGGGUGAGAUGUGACAGGGUGAGAG